AUGCCGUUCUUCAAAGAGCUACGGCGACGGUCAAAGGCCACUUUUCAUAAGACUCCAACGUCCAGCGUGGAAGAAGUUUCCGGAAAAUCUUCCUCCACCAUCGACACCACCUCCCAUAACUCCAUCACUCCGCCCUCAUCGAUCAGGCCGACCCUAUCGACUCCAAGUCUGCCAGCUCUGAGUGAAUCCGAUACUACCAGCGCAUUGAGUACGCCAGUGCCUCCACAGCGAGGGCAUUUGAACUCUCAGCGGAAUAGCGUCAUCGGAAGCAGCUCCUCAUCAGUCAAUGGCGUCUACCGAUCACAAGCUCCUGUUUCACCUUACGCUCCGAGACUUAUCUCCGUAUCUGACAAUUCAUGGGUCAACCAGAAAGUGCUCCUCGUGUAUGGUCAGAUCGGCGAUCCGAGACAACGUCCACUGGAUGGACAUGUCACAGUUUACCACCACCAAGAUAACUUCCCGUCGACCGGCUGGCCCGUCACGGCAUCGCAUUUUAAAGCCCUCGUUCAUCUAGUUCCCGGUCCUAAUCGUCUCCGCUUCGACUUCGUCUCCCCGAAAUUAUCGACAGGCAGCACCCACCCCGCCAUUCACUCAUCCUGGAUCUGCGUCAACUAUCUUCCUCUGGUCAACAAUCCCCCAUUGCAGCUGGUCAUACUCCUUGGAAAGGACUCCGACGGUACCUACGAUGCAGUGCCGGAAAGAAUUGAGCGCGAAGGCAAUGGACUGGAUAUGGCGAUUCGAAAAUACAGAAUGGCGGCAUAUCUCUGGCAGGCAUUCACCGGUGAACAAAUGUUCCGCAAUAAUUUUGGACGACGUUGUUUCCGGUUCGAGGAGGAAUGGCAGUCCGGUAGCUUGAGCCGUCGGGAUUUGCCUCAGGGCCAGAUGCGGAACGAGGCCAAGAUUCACAUCGUUCGCUCUGAGAAAACAGUAGCUGAACUCCGAGAUUUGAACAUCGCUCAACAGAAUGGCAAGGCCGAAAGAAAAGACGAGCUGUUUACUAUCGCGAAGGAGGCAGUGCGAAAUCACUUCCAGCCUCAGCCAGGCCAAAAGCAAUACGUCUCGGUUCUCCUACUUGAUUCACAUUGGGAUACUGAAGCACAACUGAUCACGGGACAUGCAGCUUUAGGUUCAGACGGUGACGAUAUUAAGAUGGCAAUCUUUGGGUCUCAUUGUCUCCAAAGCUACCCUUCGUGCUUGGAAGAAGUCGUAGAGGCAUUCUCGGACUGCACCCGAACAGAUACAAGCCACGUCGCCAAUGACUGCGGAGACGCAGGAUCGAACUGGGAAGCAGCAAACUUGGGCAUCGGUGCUCACUUACACGAGGUGGGCCAUCUCUUCGGGUGUCCUCACCAGGAAUCGGGAGUCAUGCUUCGCGACUAUGUGCGGUUGAACAGAACGUUCCUGACCCGGGAACCUUUCUCGACGCGCACUAAGACCCAGGGGUUGAAGGUGUGCCUACCCAACGACGAGUGUUCGUGGCACCGUCUCGAUGCGCUGCGCUUCCGAUUCCACCCCAGCUUCCGCCUCCCCAGUGAUCCUUCUCCCACCUCGGAUGAUAGCGUUCAGGUGUGGCCAGUCGAGAACGGUAAAAUCUUGUUCACUGCAUCAUCGGGCAUUGCAUUCAUAGAGCUGUAUGCCGAAGGUGACACUUUCUGCCACAAUUUCAUCGAAUAUCUAAACACCGAGUCAAGCCCCAACGGUCUGCCACGACAGGUCGCCGUGACCGAGAGUGAGCUUCGCCAGCGCGUGUACGGCACUGAGAAGGAAAAGAAGAAGAAUAUUCGUCUGGUCGUCUGCUCGGGUGCGAUGGGCAGCUACACCGUGGAGAGCAUGAACGAUUUGAAGUCCAAAGCCUCUAUGAUCAAGUUGCCCAAGAGCCAGUCUGGUUUCAAGAGUGGGAGAUUAGGUCAGUCCGCGAUGGAAGGCAGUGAGCCACAACAGGUGUUGCUCGAAUGUGCUUUCAUCAAGACCAAGCUCUUGACGUCAAUUAAGGUUUACCAUGGCGCCGCGCUGGAUGGCCUCGAGUUCUGCUAUGAGGAUGCGACCACUCAGCUAUUCGGCCAGCGAGGAGGCAAGCCUGGAGGUGAUGAAUUUGUCCUCGAUACUCGCCGCGGUGAAAUCCUGCUUGGUUUCUACGUUCGGGCUGGCCUUUGGAUUGAUGGGAUCGAGAUUCUCACCAGUCUAGGAAGGAAAUCCGGUGUUUAUGGAAACGCCGCUGGUGGCUCAGGCCACACGUUGAUACCUCCCUUGGGGUACAAGAUCGCUGGAGUCGCCGGCUCUUGUGCAGCAUGGGUUGAUGGGUUUUCUUUGAUCAUUCAGCACUGA